GAGGUGGAGUGAGUCGCUGGCGGCGGCGACGGCGGCGACUGGCGGUGGGGCGGAGGCGGGGUCUAAGGAUUGUGAGGUGGGGAAUCGGGAGUUUCUGGAUUCUUUAUCCGGUAUUUUAAGUGCCGCAGGGGAGCUGUCGUUUGUGCAGUGUGUGGGAGCGGUCGGGGCGGGAGGAUCGGCGGCCCGCGGUGGCGCAGAGAGUAAGAAAGUUAGCCUGAGUUCCGUGAAAAACCAGAGAAGAAAAACUAAGAGGAUAGUAGACAAGUUCUUUCCAAUUUGCAUAACAUUUCCUUCAUGGAUACAUUUCAUAGCAUUAUUAUGUGAUGUGAGAAGUUUUUUGUUUUUUUGUUUUUUUUUGUGAAGUAACAUGGAUUUUAUACUACAGAAUCAAGAGAUUGGCUUUAUAGGAGAAAUUGAUUUAUAAAAAGUGGUACAGGUUUUUGUAGAUAACCAUGACAACAUCCCAUAUGAAUGGGCAUGUUACUGAGGAAUCAGACAGCGAAGUAAAAAAUGUUGAUCUUGCAUCACCAGAGGAACCUCAGAAGCAUCGAGAGAUGGCUGUUGACUGCCCCGGAGAUUUGGGCGCCAGGAUGAUGCCAGUGCGUCGAAGUGCACAGCUGGAGCGCAUUCGGCAGCAACAGGAAGACAUGAGGCGCAGGCGAGAAGAAGAAGGGAAAAAACAAGAACUUGACCUUAAUUCUUCCAUGAGACUUAAGAAACUAGCCCAGAUUCCUCCAAAGACUGGAAUAGAUAACCCUAUAUUUGACACAGAGGAAGGAAUUGUCUUAGAAAGUCCUCAUUAUGCUGUGAAAAUAUUAGAAGUGGAAGACUUGUUUUCUUCACUUAAACAUAUCCAACAUACUUUGGUAGAUUCUCAGAGCCAGGAGGAUAUCUCACUGCUUUUACAACUUGUACAAAAUAAAGAUUUCCAGAAUGCAUUUAAGAUACACAACGCUGUUACAGUACACAUGAACAAGGCCAGUCCUCCUUUUCCUCUUAUCUCCAAUGCACAAGAUCUUGCACAAGAGGUACAAACUGUUUUGAAGGCAGUACACCAGAAGGAAGGACAAGAAUUAACUGCUUUGCUGAGUGCGCCACAUAUUCAGGCGCUUUUACUGGCCCACGAUAAGGUCGCUGAGCAGGAAAUGCAGCUAGAACCCUUUACAGAUGAGAGAGUUUAUGAAAGCAUUGGCCAGUAUGGAGGAGAAACUGUAAAAAUAGUUCGUAUAGAAAAGGCUCGAGAUAUUCCACUGGGUGCUACAGUUCGUAAUGAAAUGGAUUCUGUCAUCAUUAGUCGGAUAGUAAAAGGAGGUGCUGCAGAGAAGAGUGGUCUGUUACAUGAAGGAGAUGAGGUUCUGGAAAUUAAUGGCAUUGAAAUUCGAGGGAAAGAUGUCAAUGAGGUUUUUGACUUGUUGUCUGAUAUGCAUGGUACUCUGACAUUUGUUCUGAUUCCUAGUCAACAGAUCAAGCCUCCUCCUGCCAAGGAAACAGUAAUCCAUGUGAAAGCUCAUUUUGAUUAUGAUCCCUCAGAUGAUCCUUAUGUUCCAUGUCGAGAAUUAGGUCUGUCUUUCCAAAAAGGGGACAUACUUCAUGUCAUCAGUCAAGAAGAUCCAAAUUGGUGGCAAGCCUACAGGGAGGGGGAUGAAGAUAAUCAGCCUCUAGCUGGGCUUGUUCCAGGGAAAAGCUUUCAGCAGCAAAGGGAAGCCAUGAAGCAAACCAUAGAAGAAGACAAGGAGCCGGAAAAAUCAGGAAAACUAUGGUGUGCAAAGAAGAAUAAAAAGAAGAGGAAAAAGGUUUUAUAUAAUGCCAAUAAAAAUGAUGAUUAUGACAAUGAAGAGAUCUUAACUUAUGAGGAAAUGUCACUUUAUCAUCAGCCAGCAAAUAGGAAAAGACCUAUCAUUUUGAUUGGUCCACAGAACUGUGGCCAGAAUGAAUUGCGUCAGAGGCUCAUGAACAAAGAAAAAGACCGCUUUGCAUCUGCAGUUCCUCAUACAACUCGGAGUAGGCGAGACCACGAAGUAGCUGGUAGAGAUUACCACUUUGUUUCACGGCAAGCAUUUGAGGCAGACAUUGCAGCUGGAAAGUUCAUUGAACAUGGUGAAUUUGAGAAAAAUUUGUAUGGAACCAGCAUAGAUUCAGUACGGCAAGUGAUCAACUCUGGCAAAAUAUGUCUUCUAAGUCUUCGUACGCAGUCCUUGAAGACUCUCCGCAAUUCAGACUUGAAACCAUAUAUUAUCUUCAUUGCACCCCCUUCACAAGAAAGACUUCGGGCGUUAUUGGCCAAGGAGGGCAAGAAUCCAAAGCCUGAAGAGUUGAGAGAAAUCAUUGAGAAGACUAGAGAAAUGGAGCAGAACAAUGGCCACUACUUUGACACGGCAAUUGUGAAUUCAGAUCUUGAUAAAGCCUAUCAGGAAUUGCUUAGGUUAAUUAACAAACUUGAUACUGAACCUCAGUGGGUACCGUCCACUUGGCUGAGGUGAGGGAAACAUCCAUUCUGUGGUAUGAUUGGACUUAUCUGGCAAACUGCCAUAGGAAGAGAGCCCUGCUACUUCAGCAAGACCCUGAGGUAGCAGGCCAAAUAAGCUGUAGACCUGUUCUUUGAUCUCAAGCUAGUGAGAAAAUCCCCUUAAGCAAUUUGUGCAUAGCAGUCUUUAUUCUCUGGACAUGGCUUCAGAGAUUCUUGCCUCCUCUGAGGAUUCUAAAUGGAAGCUUUCAAUAGACCAGUUCCAUUUUAUCCCUAUAAAAAUGUUUUAAUUAUGUUUUCACCUAACUAAAUCUUUUCUGCCUGGUCCUAUUUCCAUGAAAAACUUGUCUGUAUAUAUACAAUGGUCCAUGUCUCACAUAGUUAUAAAUAUUGAUGCUAUUUAACAGUUAAAGGA